GGGGGCGUGUCGGCCGGGGCGCGCGGCGGCGGCGGGGCAGCGGCAGCGCCAUGUCGAUGGAGGACCCCUUCUUCGUGGUGAAGGGGGAGGUGCAGAAAGCUGUCAACACUGCCCAGGGGCUCUUCCAGAGGUGGACAGAGCUCUUGCAAGAUCCCUCCAUUGCCACAAGAGAGGAAAUUGACUGGACCACUAAUGAGCUCAGGAACAACCUGCGGAGCAUCGAGUGGGACCUGGAGGACUUGGAUGAAACAAUUAGCAUCGUUGAGGCAAACCCGCGGAAGUUCAACCUCGAUGCGACGGAGCUGGGGAUCAGGAAAGCCUUCAUCACAAGCACACGGCAGGUGGUCAGGGAAAUGAAGGAUCAGAUGUCAAACUCCUCCAUGCAAGCACUGGCUGAAAGGAAAAACAGGCAGGUGCUCCUGGGAGAAAGCGGGAGUCAGAGUUGGAGCUCUGGACCUGACAAGUACAGCCGCCUGGACCGGGAGCUGCAAUUAGCAAAUUCUCACUUCAUCGAGGAGCAGCAAGCUCAGCAACAGCUGAUUGUGGAGCAGCAAGAUGAGCAGUUGGAGCUGGUCUCUGGCAGCAUCGGGGUGCUGAAGAACAUGUCCCAGCGCAUUGGCGGGGAGCUGGAGGAGCAAGCAGUGAUGCUGGACGACUUCUCCCACGAGUUGGACAGCACUCAGUCACGGCUUGACAACGUCAUGAAGAAGCUCGCCAAAGUGUCUCACAUGACAAGCGAUCGAAGGCAGUGGUGUGCAAUUAUCAUCCUCUUUGUCAUCCUGAUGGUGGUGCUCAUCCUAUUUUUCAUCCUGUGAUGGACUGAACCUCCUCAGAUGCCCCCUCUCCGCCCCCUCGGCCCUGUAGCAGGGGAAAUGAAACUCUCACCGUUUCCGUCCGCCCACAGAGAUCCCCGGCAAGAAAACCUGCACCCAGCUCUCGCCGUUCUCCUCAGAGGACCACAGCAUGCCUCUGCUGGUGCCUCCCAGGGAGAGGGGGUAGAGGACUGGACCUGCCUCCUCCCCUGGUGCGGUGCGAGCUGAACCUGGGCUCCAGGUCUGGACUUGGGCAGCUGGAGGGGAACCUGACCCUCCACGUUUCCACCCCUUGCAGGUAGGAGCCGGUUGCAGCAGUCCCGAACCACCUGUGAUUGGAUGCAGCCCUGGAGCAGUGAGCCCUGGGGCGGCAGGGAUGGCAGGGAGGAACUAAUGAAUUCCCUGAGCAUUACAAACCACAUUGCCAGCCAAAAGCAUUACCUGGGGAGUCAGGGG